AUUUCAGUUAGAGUAUGUAUUAUUUUUAACUGGCUUGUUAUUACUGGGUAAGAGAACUUCCUGUUGCUGUAAGCUUUUCCCAACAUUUAAUUGAAGUGCCAGUAAAACGUGUUUGGUGUGCUGGUGCGAAUUUCUGAGUUAAUUUUACAUUCAAAUAUUUCUGAGUUACAGCUUGUGUUUGCCAGUGCGGCAAAUUUGCCCAUUGCGAAUGUUCUUCUUUUCUUUGCAGGGAUUGCUACUUACAUGGUCGAAAUGUUCAACAAGGCGCUCAAAGGAGCCGACGAGCCGUGAUGAUGAAUGUGGACAUUGCUGAGGUCAACGAUGCUGUUGGAGCUGAAGCUGUGAAUGGUGCUGUGCCUACAUUGGUUGACAAUGCUGAUGUGGAGAGCGAGAAUCCUGAGAACACUGUAGUGUCUGAGCAGGUGGAUGAGUGUGUAAAUAUUGAUGAUGAGAUGCCAACCGCAACUUACCAAUCAGUGGAGAUCGAAAAGGGUGCUGAGGCCAUGAUUGUCUCUGGUGGUUCGGGUGGUGGUUCUUCAUCAUCCAGUGGAUCAGAGUCAGGGAGCCCAGGGGGCAGCACCUCAGAAGCUGGCAAUGCUCGUUCUCUGGUGUAGAGGAGGUUGUUUUAACAGUGGAUUUGAGUAGGUGGAUGAUGUGAUUACUUAUUUCCAGGAUGUUCAUGUCGGCUUGGAUUUAGUUAACUUGGUUCCUAGUGGAUGGCUGGCUUUGUGGGUAAUCUGAUAGCUCAGCUCGACUAUGUCUAUAUAAGUGAAAAGUGGAGGCUAAUGAGGCAUGGUCUAGUUCAUCCGGCCUUCUGAUCUGAAGGUGGCUUUUGUAUUGAUGUGUUUUCUCUAGCACAUCUAUUGUGUACUGGUUUUAUAUAUGCUUAUGGGCGACGUAACUAUGGCAUGGGAGUAAGAAAAUAUUGAAAUCAUGGCUAUCCUCUUUGUCUUGUGAUGUAUAUGGACAUGAGAAUGGCAUAUGUAUGAUAUAAAUUUCAGUAGCCAUGCAAACAUGAGUUGAAUGUGAA